ACCCUCUCUUCUCUCCCUUCAUUCACUAUUUUCUCGAAAUUUCUUUCCUGGAUGUUUCGUGUACGUCUCUCCCCACCCAAGAUCAUCACCAUUCCAAUAGUCUAAUUCCUCUCCCGCUGACAAAGAAGAACAGAAGCAAGCAGGGGAACAUGCAUAUGAAUGAACUUUCUGGUAAACGAGUUUUGAAUGGGCCCCUAAUUAAAAAAAGAGGUUUAAGCGAUACCCCUAAUGGUAAGGAUGAAAGUAUCCAACUAUGCCCUCGAAAUGGAUGUAGCGGAAGGCUUAACUGUACUAGAACUGGUGGAUGCUUCCCAAAACUUUACUCAACAAAGCAAAGUUUCAAUCCUUCUAGUGUAAAGGAAGGCAUCGCUAGUUCUUCAAGAACAUCUUCUCUUACAGGGAAACCACACACGGAAUAUCAUAGAAAAUCACCCUCUCACAUAAAAACUGAUCGAUUGGAGGCUAAAACUUUUCAGAAUGAGACAUUGAUUCAAAAGAAAACAGAUUCAUCAAGAAAUACAGAAUCUAGGAAAAGUACGGUUUGGGAAACGGGUUGCUCCAGCGGGUUGUCAGGUUCAAAGAAUCAGCCAACACAGCAUGGUAAUAAAUUCAAAAGCGCCAACCAAAAAAGUUUGAGGACUCGAACUCCUAAAUGCAGUCCAUCAGCAUCAUCUUCCCUUGCGCAUUCAUCAUCAGAAUCUAGGUUUAUGAAAAAGAGAAGCUCUCAAAGCGAGAGUAGUAGUUCAUCUUCAUCUGUACGAAACAAAACAAGCAAUCAAUUCACCAAAGAAGGCCGUGGAUUGCUUAACAAUCGCGGGGUUUUAAUUUCUGAUGUUAAUAACAAUGCUGUGUUUGGAAGUAAUGUAAACUCCAGAGUGAGAAGUCGUGAUCAGAACUCACGAUUGCUUAGGCCAAAUACACCAAAUACCCAUAUGCUCAAUUCGACAUUUCGAUUUUCGACAGAUAUUUCUCCAAGUGAAUCUAGUUCUUACAGUGUUCCUGGUAAUGAUGAUGAUAAUAGUAUACACAGUUUACUGCACUUCCCAUCUGUGGAGUUUAACAUCGGUCAGACAAAUAAUCGUGAUGGCUUGUGGAGAUAUAACAUGGAUGAAAUUUCUGGGGCAUUGUCACAGCUUGAGAGAAUUGAAAAUGACGAAGAGUUAACAUAUGAGCAACUACUGGCACAUGAAAGCAAUGUAUUCCUCAGUGGCAUUAGCUUCUUCGACCAUCAUAGAGACAUGAGGCUUGACAUUGAUGACAUGUCAUAUGAGGAAUUACUAGAUCUUGGGGAAAGGAUGGGCACAGUAAGCACAGCUCUUUCAGAGGAAGCAAUGUCGAAGUGCAUAAGGAGAAGCAUUCAUCAGGUUUCAUUUAAGGUUGCAGGUAUUGCUGGUCUGAAAGGGGUUGAAGAUGACAAUAAAUGCUGUAUUUGCCAGGAGGAAUAUGUGUUGGGGGAUGAGAUUGGGAAGUUGGAGUGUGAACAUAGGUAUCAUUUGGGGUGCAUUCAAAAGUGGCUAAGGAUGAAGAAUUGGUGCCCUAUCUGCAAGGCUUCUGCAGAUAGAUCAUCACAGCCUUAGUUCACAACAUGGGGGGUGCCACAUGUCAGAGGGUCUCUCUUCAGUUUCCUCUUGUACAUAUUUACUUUUUAUUUUUCUCAUAAACAUUUUAGAAGCUUUUGGUUUCAAUAAAAUGGUCAAGAGUACCCGGGGCUAAUUGCUCUGCGGUGGAAACUUUUUAUAGUUCAGUAGGCGCUGAUGUGAUAUUGUGUUUUGGUUUUUCUGCAAAAUGUUAACAGCAUAAUAACGCUUAUACAUAAAUUUAAUGACAAAACUAUGGAAAUAAUCAUUUUCGCAAUUGUUUUUUCCUCAUUCGUCC